AUGGACAUGGCAGCGGCCAUAGGGGAGGAGGUGGCGCACGUGCAUGCAGCAUCGCAUGAGGCAUCACACAGGCUAGUGGCGCUGAGGGAGCAGCUGCGGCAGGAGGUUCAGGACUCACAGGAGUUCCACACUGCCCUCGCCACUCUCUCGCGCAUUGUCAACAACGCCAGGCAACACCCCCACGAUACCAAGUACCACCGCAUUCGGCCAGCCAAUCCCAAGUUCCACAGCAGUGCCGGCAGGUUCACAGCGGCGGUGGCCAUUCUGGUGGCAGCAGGGUUCCGCAGGGUGAACGAGAAAAGGGAUGCUGCAGGUGGGAGUGCAUAUGAGGAAGUGCUACUGCUGCGCCGGUUUGACCCUGUGCUCCUGUGGCUUGCAGCAGACGUGCUGGAUGCUGCUUCUUGA